ACCGUUGCUGGUCUUUUUCUUUUUCCGCUUCUUCUGCUUCAUCCUCCUUAUCUCUCUACCAUUUCUGUUCUUUAUUUCCUGUUCUGCUAUUCUGAUUGCUUUGUCUCCCCCUUUGUAAACCCACCUUUUUUCCUUUUUUACUCUUUUCUCUUUCUAUCUUUGCAUAAAUCUUCCCAUCCACAACUGACCCCUUUCUCCUUUCAUUUCUGUAUAUAAUACCGCUUUACUUUUUGAAGUCUUCAUACCCAACUGCUGCCACUUCAUUUUAAGCUUUAUUUGUCCCUUGAAAUAACCCAAUACGUAAUAUGAAUCACUGCGCCAUUCUGUCAAACGCCUUCUCGGGCCACGAGGAGAUGAGAACCUCUCUUCCCUGUCCCAUUUCUGACUUAAGAGAUCAACUUGUUUGCCCUAAACCACGCCGUCUCACCAAUCAUCUCAACGUCGCCGUCAACGGCCACGCCGAUACCUCCCUCCGGUGGAAUCUAAGUCACCAAGUUGAACAAAUUGACAUGGCAGCCGGACCGGAUCUGCUAGACUUCCUCUUGACUAAGGGUGGUCGCAGCGUGGACCAAUCGUUUACGCAGUUGGCUUCGUCGCCCCCUUUUUUAUGUGGGUCUCCGCCGAGCAGAGUAGCCAACCCGUUGAUUCAGGACGCACGAUUUGGGGAAGAAAAAUUCAUCCCCUUUGCUCCGAUUGCUUCACCGUCAGGUCAGUUGUCGCCGUCUACAUCCUCUAGGAAAGGAGGGCGUGUAAGGGCGAGUUUUGGGAACAAACCAACGGUGAGGAUAGAGGGUUUCGAUUGCCUUGACCGGGAUAGACAAAAUUGCAGCAUCCCUGCUUUCGCCUAGAUUACAAAGACAGAUUCAUAUUACAGUUUCAAGAAAAGCAAGAUUCCCAAUACAAAUAGACAAAAGAUUAAAGAGAUGAAUAUCGAGAUCUCUUCAAGAGAAGAAAGGAGAUACAAUUUGCCUUCUUUUUUUUUGUGAAUAUGUUUGAAGUGUUCUUUGUAAAUGUAAAUAAAAAACUUGCCCAUGUAUACUGAAGCUGUGUAUUUUAAGGCUUUUUUCUUUUUCUGAGUUGAGAAAGCCAUGCCUGGAUUUCAAACUCUUGUACUAUAUUUUUGUAAUUAGAAGUCUUAAGGUGGAGGAAAUUUUCAUUAGAAGUUGAAAGUGAGUGAGAGAGGCAGUCUGUACAUAUGGCAGAACUUGAACUGAAGUCUGUAGAAGUCAUCAACAUGUGAAUAUUGUAGAUCAUAUUUUCUUAGUGUGUAUUUCGUUCAUCUUUC